AUGGGCUCUCCCUUCGACAUCAAUGGUGGUGCCUGUGUCGCCAUGGUGGGCAAGGACUGUGUUGCCAUCGCCUGCGACCUCCGCUUGGGCAUGCAAGCCCUGACCAUCUCCAACAACUUCCCCAAGGUCUUCAACUACGCCCCGUCUACCUACCUCGGCCUAACUGGUCUUGCUACCGACGUCAAUACCGUAUCCGAUCUACUUCGUUACAAGGUCAACAUGUAUCGCCUGCGCGAGGAACGCAAUAUCGCACCCCAGACUCUGGCCAACCUGGUCAGCUCAUCGUUGUAUGAGAAGCGUUUCGGUCCAUUCUUCGUCAGCCCUGUGCUGGCUGGUAUUAAUGAGACAACCGGAAAGCCAUUCAUCUGUGGAUUUGACAGCAUUGGCUGUAUCGAUUUUGCCAAGGACUUCAUUGUGAGCGGAACUGCUAGCGAACAGCUGUUCGGUACCUGUGAGGGUCUGUGGGAGCCGGAUAUGGAACCCGAGGAUCUCUUCGAGACCAUCUCGCAAGCCCUACUGGCUGCCGUUGACCGAGAUGCGUUAUCAGGAUGGGGUGCGCAGGUGUGGAUUAUUGAGAAAGGAAAGGUCACCCAGAGGCUACUCAAGGGACGACAGGAUUAA